AUGGUCCGAUUCAGUAGCUCCCUUGUCCUGGCACUGGCGAUCUCAUCCGCGAGCGCCUUUGCCCCAUCCUCUCCUUCCACUACUGGAAGCAGUACCGAGCUUGCAUUGAACCGUAGAGAUGCCAUCAAUACUGUAGGAAUCGCUCUCGGAGGCAUCUUGUCUGCUGGAGUACCUGAGCCAAGUCUUGCAGUCAACCCAGCCCUUCAGACAUUCAAAGGAGGAAAGAAAACAAAGGGAUCUUUCAUCCCCGGAAAGGGCCUUCAUGAGCAAGAAUCCUUUGAUCAACUGGUGGCAUCGAACCCAGCCCUGCAGACAUUCAAGGGAGGAAAGAAAACAAAGGGAUCUUUCAUCCCGGAAAGGGCCUUCAUGAGCAAGAAUCCUUUGAUCAGCUUAUCCUUUGAUCAGCUGGUGGCAUCCAACCCUGCCCUCCAAACAUUCAAGGGAGGAAAGAAAACAAAGGGAUCUUUCAUCCCUGGAAAGGGCCUCCACGAGCAAGAAUCCUUUGAUCAACUGGUGGCAUCGAACCCAGCCCUUCAGACAUUCAAAGGACGAGAUGGAACAAAGGGAGCUUUCAUCCCCGGAAAGGGCCUUCAUGAGCACGCAUCGUUUGAUCAGCUUGUGGCAUCCAACCCAGCCCUUCAGACAUUCAAAGGAGGCAAGAAAACCAAGGGUUCCUUCAUCCCAGGAAAGGGCUUGCACUCUCGUGAAGAGAGUAUGUUCUCGUAA